UUUUGAGAGCUUGCAGAAACAGCUUGCAAGGAAAAUGAAGUUCCCUAUUUUCAUAGUAGAUGCAUUCACAACAAAAGCAUUUCGUGGGAAUCCUGCUGCUGUUUGCCUCCUAGAAAAUAAAUUGGAUGAAGACAUGCACCAAAAAAUUGCAAAGGAAAUGAAUCUCUCUGAAACUGCUUUUAUCCAAAAACUACACCCAACUGACAACUUUACACAAAGUUUCUGCUUUGGAUUAAGGUGGUUUACACCAGUGAGUGAGGUUCCUCUCUGUGGCCACGCUACCCUGGCUUCUGCAGCUGUGCUGUUUCACAAAAUAAAAAACAUGAAUAGCACCCUAACCUUUGUCACUCUGAGUGGGGAACUAAAGGCCAGAAGAGAAGAGGAUGGUAUCGUCCUGGACCUGCCUCUUUAUCCAGCCCAUCCCCAGGACUUCCGUGAAGUGGAGGAAUUGAUAAAGACUGCCAUAGGUGACACACUGGUUCAGGACAUCCGCUAUUCCCCAGAUACCCGAAAGCUCCUGGUCCGGCUCAGUGAUACUUACAACAGGUCAUUUCUGGAGAGCCUGAAAGUGAACACACAGAAUCUGCCGCAAGUGGAAAACACGGGGAAGGUGAAAGGACUCAUUCUCACCAUCAAGGGAGAGCCUGAUGGGCAGACUCAAGUGUUUGACUUUUACUCCAGAUAUUUCGCUCCAUGGUUUGGUUUGGCUGAAGACCCCGUAACAGGGUCUGCACAUACUGUUCUCAGCAGCUACUGGUCCCAGCAACUGGGGAAGAAAGCCAUGCACGCCUUUCAGUGUUCCAGCCGGGGAGGAGAAUUGAAGAUUUCCCUGCGUCCUGAUGGACGAGUUGACAUCAAGGGAGGUGCUGCUCUUGUUUUAGAGGGCACGCUGACGGCCUAGAUGCGCUUUUGCGCGACGCUGCAAUCUUGAUUUACUAAGUAUUUUCCACGUAGAAAGAAAUGUAAAGGGCUGCUUUGAAUAAAGUUUGCAUAGUAGUCUACUUAAUCCUCACCUUAGACAUAGAACAGCAAAGACA